AUGUUAAAAGGCAGAUUGGCCAGCCUCACUUCAACACAGUACCAUCUGAGAAAAUUUCAAGAAAGUGAGAGGCGUGUCAAAAACAGAGCAUUUUGUAUUAGGUUCUGUCUUCAAUAUCUUGGUAUGCCUGAUCUUACUUGUCGUGAACUCAAUUCAGCAGAUUCUGUUAGUGCCAUGAAAGAUAAGAUACUCGAGCUUGUAUGA